CUUUCUUUGUCUCUCUCUCACACACACAUUUUUGACUUUCAGAGACAAUACAGUUAAAUUCCCUUUGUCAGAUAUGUACCACAUUAUGCUCUUUUCUUUCUCUCUCAUGUCCAUAUCUAUUCUACCAUUUUGUCAGCUAUGUACCACACCACAGCACAUCUUCCUUUGUUUUGUUCCUUUGUGUAUUUUGUUCAAUUUGGUGUUACCUUAGUCAGAGGAUACAAUACUAUCCAUCCAUAACAUUAUUCUUUUUUGUUUUGUUCUUUUCUGAAGUGACCACUUUGAAUUCUUCAUAAUCUUUCAUUUCCUGUAUCAUUCAUUCAUCUCUCCAACCAUAUCAUCAUUCCCUCAAGUCCAGUAAUGGCUCAACAGGAAGAAGGGUGGCCUUUGGGGCUGGGAUUAUUGAAUGCAAGAGUUGGGUUGGUAAGAAACAGUGAGUUCUCUGGAUCAAUAUCUUUCAGCAGAAUCAGCACUAUACUCUCCAGUUCAUCCAUCCAUUCAACUGAUUCUUCCUCAUAUCUUGAUACAGAGUCCACAGGGUCACUCUUUCAUAACAAGAGCAUCACACUUGGCAACCUCAUAGGUAUUUCUUCUAGUUUCCUAGAACUGUCGAGAUCAUCAAGGGGGAGAGAGAUGGUACCCUCAAAUGAAAACAAAAAGAAUCACAAGCUGAAGCCAUGGUUGUUCUCACUAUGUACAAAGCUAACUACUGAUGCAGUGAACCCGAAUCACAUUCGUGUUCCCUCUCUUGGUCAAUACCUUGAGGCAGAGAGAAGAGCUAGAAGUACUUACCGAAGGAACCAACGUGCUUUCAUUCUUGGACAUAAUGUUUGCUCCCCGGUUCAAGAGUCGAACUCGCUAUUUGCUGGAAGCCAAGUUUCUCUUAGUUCACCGGCUUCAUUAGGUGAAGAUACUGGAAGAGAUACAAAUAGAUCAUUGAAGCAAAACAAUGGAAAUGGAACACCAAUAUCAUUCUCUUCUCUGUGUGGAUAAAUAAAAAAGUGACAACCUUUUGUCACUCAUUUUAGCACUUGUUUGGCUCCACAUUCAGUUUGUGAUUCUCGUGUCACAAUGUCGUUGACACCACGAUUUUACAAAGCUAAAAAAUUUAAGCUUCAGCCUCAGUGCACGGUGCCACCACGAGAACAAACACAGACUUUUGUUCCUUAGUUGUUACUUCAUAAUCUCACUUUUUCUCUCAUAAUAAUUGGUUAUUAAUUUUCAUGUUUGGAUGUUCUAUUUUAAUACAGUACAUUCUAUACAAAUUAUAUUUUUCAA